AUGCUCUCGAAUCCUCUCCAACGGUUUUCACCGUACCACACGCUACCGUCUAACGCUCUCUUGUCCAACCCUCGUCCACAAGGAGGCCACCUCCACGGCACUGGCUUGGAAGCUUUUGGCCAUGGCUCUCAAUAUGCUCUCCAGCAUCUUCAGCAACACGCAAGCUCUUCGAGCCCAGAGGGUAGCAAAAAUCAGCUAAUACGUCCAGAAUUCGGACUAGGCUGCGAGUAUAUCCGCGAGAGAAAGAAGCGGGGAAAGGCCUCGCGUAAAGACCUUGCCCAACAAGCAGCCGCGCAAGCAGCAACGGCGGCGGGAGAAGGGGGAUCGAAAUCACCAGGUCAGCUCGAUGACAAUGCGUCAUCUACAGAUCAGCAAACAGACGAUCCAUCCUCCGCUAAAUCGGACCAACAUCACCACACAGCAGAAACAGCCUUGACGGAUAUGACAGAGGAGGCUAUGGACCGCAGUGAAAGGACAGGGAGCCUCGACAGCUUGGCCGAGUUAAGCUCUCACCAAGCUCACAUGCCAAGUCACCCGGGGGCCUUGGACAGGGACCAUCUGGAUAGCCCUACCUCAUUAGAUCUGAACGGGUAUGGCAACGUCCAAAAUCCAUUCGACAGUCAAGGUAUGGGCCAUGUGAUGGGCGGGGCCACGCACACGGCCUAUGGUGCUGGUCCGGGCCUUUCAAGCUAUCCCGAUAUUCCGUAUGCCCUCCAGACUCACAGCCCUCCAGACUACUCUGCCAACGCAUCCACGGCAUUCGGUAUGGGUGCCAGCCCGCUCAGUGCAUACCCAAUGGCUGGCGAGCCAACCUCUCCCGGUUGGAUGUCCAUGUCCUCACCGCCGCCACAAUACCAAUCUCACAUCCCCCAAAACAACUACCAUCAGCAACUACGAUACCCUGUACUCAACCCUCUGAUCCCUCACCUCGGAAACAUCAUUCCGGUAUCACUUGCCUGUGACCUGAUCGACUUAUACUUUGCGAGCUCCUCCUCGGCACAUGCUCACCCCAUGUCACCCUAUGUGCUUGGCUUCGUCUUUCGAAAGCGAUCUUUCCUCCACCCCAGCAAGCCCAGGCAGUGCCAGCCAGCCUUGUUGGCUAGCAUGCUUUGGGUAGCGGCACAGACUAGCGAUGCUCCGUUCUUGACGAACAUGCCCUCAGCAAGGGCCAAGAUUUGCCAGAGGUUGCUCGAGCUGACUGUCAGCCUCUUGAAGCCGCUGAUACACACCCCAUCGGGUGAAGCAUCCCCGGUAUCCAGCCCAGUAAUCGACGGCGUGGCCCUAGGGGGCCUGGGCGUGGCUCUGCCCGGCUCGAUGAGUAUGGAGAACUUGAGCGGAGAAUCUGGAGCAUUUGGAGCUGCGGGCACGCUGGACGAUGUAGUAACCUAUAUCCAUUUGGCUAUAGUGGUCUCAGCGAGCGAGUACAAAGGCGCCAGUCUGCGGUGGUGGAACGCGGCGUGGUCGCUUGCCCGCGAGCUGAAGCUAGGCCGCGAACUCCCAGCCAGUGCGCCUCCAAUGUCGCGGGGUGGUAAUGGCAAUGAAGUCGAUGCCGAUGGCGAGGCAGAAGACGAACUUGGCAGCAAUGUGCACGCUGGAGUUAUGGGUGAAGAAGAGCGCGAGGAGCGAAGACGUAUCUGGUGGCUCACCUACAUCGUGGACCGCCACUUGGCGUUAUGCUACAACCGGCCCCUAUUUCUGCUUGAUAUCGAGUGUGAGGGCCUCAUGCAGCCAAUGGACGACACGGAGUGGCAAAACGGCAACUUCAACUCGUAUACGACAGAUCCGGCCUUGUCGGAGCCAUCUGACACGGACGACGGCAAGGUGCGUGGCCCACACUUCGAGUGCAAUGGCCACAGCAUCUUUGGCUACUUCCUGCCCCUGAUGACCAUCCUGGGAGAGAUUGUGGACCUCCACCACGCGCGAAACCACCCACGAUUCGGGGUCGGGUUCCGCGGGGCGAGGGAAUGGGACGACCAGCAAGCCGAAAUCGUGCGGCAUCUCGAAGCCUACGAGCACAGCCUGAACAAGUUCGCGCAGCGCCAUUUCAAUGCCAGCUCGGAGGACAAGAACGAGCAGGCGGCGACGCUAGAGAUGCCGACCGAGCUGGGCGAGUUCCACAUGGGCGACUCGCCCUCGGUGCGGUCGGUGCACACCAACACGUCGCGCAUGACCGAGUCGGACAUCCAGACGCGCAUCGUUCUGUCGUACGGCACGCACGUCAUGCACGUGCUGCACAUCCUGCUGACGGGCAAGUGGGACCCCAUCAACCUGCUCGACGACGCAGACCUGUGGAUCUCGUCGCAGGGGUUCAUCACCGCCACGGGCCACGCCGUGUCCGCCGCCGAGGCCAUCGGCAACAUCCUCGAGUACGACCCGGGCCUCGAGUUCAUGCCCUUCUUCUUCGGCAUCUACCUCCUGCAGGGCUCCUUCCUGCUGCUGCUCAUCGCCGACAAGCUCCAGCUCGAGGCCUCGGCGAGCGUCGUGCGCGCCUGCGAGACUAUCAUCCGGGCCCAUGAGGCGUGUGUCGUCACGCUGAACACCGAGUAUCAGCGUAAUUUCAGCAAGGUCAUGCGCAGCGCUCUCGCCCAGGUCCGCGGCCGCGUGCCCGAGGACCUCGGCGAGCAGCACCAGCGCCGCCGCGAGCUGCUGGCGUUGUACCGAUGGACUGGCGAUGGCACUGGGCUCGCUCUAUGA